AUGUCGAAAUCUGUUAGUGGUAAACGUAAAACUAAAGGAAAGAAAACUAAAGCAAAGGACCCUGUGAUAGAGGUAUUACAAAAAACACAGGAAGACGUAAAAAACUUGCGGGAAGAAGUAAGCAGAAAAAUAUUUAUUGCAGAAAAUGCAGAAAAUCGACGCUAUCAAGCAUAUACUGAGAAAUUGGAGUCUGUAAGAAAUUAUGAUGAAUUGAAAAAGUCAACACAAAAUCAUAAUGCUUUCCUAAUCACAGAAAACGAAAUAAAAGUAACCAAUCUUCGAGACGAAAUAGAAAAAUUAACCACAAAACUAGAUGAGGCCAAUAAAUUAAUUGAGAUAAGAAAUAAUGAACUGAAAAAUUUACGUCAAGAAUUCCUAAAUUGUAAGGCAGAAAAAGAUUCGAAAAUCAGCACAUUAGAACAAAAAUUAAAAGAACAAGCUGCAUUAUUUCGUGACGUUGUGUCACAAGCGUUCAGUCAACUAAUUGAACAACUAAGUAUCGACUAUGAAAAUGUUCAUAAUAACUACAAAAUAUUUUCUCAGCCUACAAAUGAUCUAAUAGAAUUGGAGUUUUUAAAUCCACCGUUUUUAGAUGAAGAAUCUGUUGAAUAUAUACAAUUACCUAUCUAG